AUGAAUUUCCCUGCUCUGAAAUUACUGGUCAUCGCUGCCCUCGUUGCUUUGGCAAAUGCCCGUUGCGAACUCGAUAGAGACCUACCUAGUGUUCAAGUUGAGGAAUCUUUCCCGAACGUAAAGAAUGCUGUUCUUUUGGUUCGCAAUGGCGAUAGUUUAAGCGAAGGACAAACAAUUUACCUACAAGAUGCUUAA